AGGGGUCGGGGACUGGAAUAUCCGAUACGGUUCCGGCGAGAGCGGCUGGAAAAGCACUUCCGGUGUCUGUUGCCAAGGCGCCGGCCGGCCCCGGGCGGAGAGGGCGGCUUUAGUGGCGUCGCCCUCUGCCCCGUUUCCCGGGGCCGAGAUGUCGGGGCUCAGCCACCUGGAGACGGAGGGCUGCCGGAACCUGCUCGGCCUGCUGGACAAUGACGAGAUCAAGUCCCUGUGCGACACCGUCACCAACCGCCUGGUGCAGCCUGUGGACCGCCAAGAUGCUAUUCAUGCAAUAUUAGUUUAUAGCCAAAAUGUAGAAGAACUUCUGAGGCGCAAAAAAGUCCACCGAGAAGUCAUAUUUAGAUAUUUGGCAACACAAGGGGUGGUUGUACCUCCAACUACUGAAAAACACAAUCUUAUUCAGUAUGCAAAAGGUUACUGGGAAAAACAGUCACCAAAACUGAAGGAGACAGCAGAACCAGUUACAAAGACAGAGGAUAUCCAGCUCUUUCAACAGCAGGCAAAAGAAGAUAAAAAAACUGAAAAGAUCGAUUUUCGUCGCUUGGGAGAAGAAUUCUGUCACUGGUUCUUUGAACUUCUUAAUUCUCAGAAUCCUUUUAUGGGGCCACCUCAGGACGGAUGGGGCCCGCAGCACUUCUUUCAUGAUGUCAAGCUUAGGUUUUAUUACAGUACCUCAGAACAAAACGUGAUAGACUACCAUGGAGCAGAAAUCGUGAGCCUUCGUUUACUGUCUUUAGUGAAAGAGGAAUUUCUUUUUCUAAGUCCCAACUUCGAUUCUCAAGGACUAAAAUGUGCUUCUUCUCCUUAUGGAGUAGUUAUGGUUGGAGUUGCAGGGACUGUCCACAGAGCAAAUACUUGUUUGGGCAUAUUUGAGCAAAUUUUUGGACUUAUCCGUAGCCCUUUUGUGGAAAAUACUUGGAAAAUCAAAUUUAUCAACCUGAGAAUUAUUGGAGAAGGUUCCCUUGCUCUCGGAACAUCACUGAAACCAGCUGUUACAUUUGAACAGAGUGAUCUGGAGGCCUUUUAUAAUGUAGUCACCUUGUGUAAUAGCACUGAAGGAAGACCUAAUGUAAAGCAGACAUUGGAUAGUGGAACUGGAGACCAGGUUUUAGGUAGUGGAGACGAGGCGUUGUUGAACAAAAAGGAACUGAAUUUGCCUAACCCUCUGAAGCAUUGAGCACUGUGCAUCAGCUGGAAGUCGCUGCAGAAUCCCUUCCCAGCACAACGCUGAUCAUCUCUAAGUGAUUGCCGACGUGAGGAUUGACGUAUUUUAGCUGAAAUACCUUUCUGGACUCCAGACUAAUGUGGAUAUUUGCUAUUUCUACCCGAGUUACAGCAAAUGUUGUGAGAACUUAUUGCAGUCCAUCAAAUAAAUCCUACUUGAGAUG